AUGGUCGAUGCUCUCGGAGGGCCACCAGAAUUCAAGCCGCGGUUCACGUUUGAAUUCGUUGGAUUCUAUAUUCCCAACCGGAAUUUUCACGAUGCGGAGGGCAAGUCUUUGCCGCCGGGUACAUGGACAGAUGACACUUCCAUGGCCCUCUGCCUCGCACGUUCGAUCGCCCGCCAUGGCUUCGACGAAGCACGACAACUCGAUACCUACCUCAAUUGGUUCAAGGACGGCGAACUCUCGGCUGUCGGCUUCUGUUUCGACAUUGGAGGGACCACCAGGCGUGCAUUGGACCUCCAUGCAAAUUCCCCAACCGCGUCCGAAUCCCUGGAUCGCAUUCAAGCGCUUCUUGGCGGAGAACGCAACGCCGGAAACGGAAGCUUGAUGCGUCUCAUUCCUGUGCCAUUGGCUUUCUGGCGUUCCCCCGACGUUGCUCGCGAAUAUGCGAGAAGAAGCAGCAGGACAACUCAUCCGGCUCCGCUCUGCCUCGAAGUAUGCGAGUUCUGGACAUCAGUCGUUGUCCAGAUCUUACAGAAUACAUGCGGCAAUGGCGCCAAAGGCACAUUUUCGAAGCUUGAUUUAUUGCGAUACAUAUCGGAAUACCCAUUCCAGCACGACCAACUAAGGGCCGCACUCGCCUUGCUACCUUCGGACGCGAGCACCAGCGAUAAUCAAUCUUCGGGAUCGCGUACUACCAACACUGAAGAUGUUGAAGAUCGGUAUUGGCAACGCCAUCCAAUCCUCCGACUCAUUGCGGAAACGCGUACCAGUCCAACGGCGACCACGACAGGCUUCUUCAAGCUGCCUACUGCAAAGGUUUUACCUUCUUCCGGAUUCGUCCUCCACAGCGUAGUCGCAGCUUUGUACUGCUUCUUUGCCACCGAUAGCUUCGAGACAGGGGCAAUCAUGGCUGUCAAUCUAGGCGAUGAUGCGGACACGACAGGCGCGAUUUAUGCUGGGCUCGCCGCAUGCUGGUAUGGAGAAGAACUCCCCUCAAAUGCUCAAAGUCUUGCUGCAGUGGGGGAGAGCAUUGGAUCUGGUCUAUUCUGGACAGACGUGAUGCUUACUUGGAGGAGAGGGAUUAUCAAGAGGGACCUUUUGGAGGAGGUGGCCGAUGAGUUGGUCAGAUUCGAAAAGAGGUGGAAACCAACCAAGUGA